AUGGAAUCUCUCAGUCACACCAAGGUGGCUCCCAGUCUCAGUCACACCAAGGUGGCUCCCAGUCUCAGUCACACCAAGGUGGCUCCCAGUCUCGGGUCACACCAAGGUGGCUCCCAGUCUCAGUCACACCAAGGUGGCUCCCAGUCUCAGUCACACCAAGGUGGCUCCCAGUCUCAGUCACACCAAGGUGGCUCCCAGUCUCAGUCACACCAAGGUGGCUCCCAGUCUCAGUCACACCAAGGUGGCUCCCAGUCUCGGUCACACCAAGGUGGCUCCCAGUCUCGGUCACACCAAGGUGGCUCCCAGUCUCAGUCACACCAAGGUGGCUCCCAGUCUCGGUCACACCAAGGUGGCUCCCAGUCUCAGUCACACCAAGGUGGCUCCCAGUCUCGGUCACACCAAGGUGGCUCCCAGUCUCGGUCACACCAAGGUGGCUCCCAGUCUCGGUCACACCAAGGUGGCUCCCAGUCUCGGUCACACCAAGGUGGCUCCCAGUCUCAGUCACACCAAGGUGGCUCCCAGUCUCGGUCACACCAAGGUGGCUCCCAGUCUCAGUCACACCAAGGUGGCUCCCAGUCUCGGUCACACCAAGGUGGCUCCCAGUCUCAGUCACACCAAGGUGGCUCCCAGUCUCGGUCACACCAAGGUGGCUCCCAGUCUCAGUCACACCAAGGUGGCUCCCAGUCUCGGUCACACCAAGAUAUUCAGGUUCAGUCUAUUCUACACUAG